CACUCUCUCGCACACACAAACACACACACACACACUUGUUUUCUCACACACACACACACACAGAGUCUGGAUCAGUCGUCGGUCAGCUGGCGGAGCAGCACCUGCAGGUGAGACAUUUUUUCUUCCUGAUAUUUUAAAAUCUGACCUCUGUGACAUCAUAAUGACAUCAUCACCUGUGUUUGAUCAGCUGGUCAACAUAAUUGAUCAGUUUAUUGAUCCUGAUGGAUAGAAACGUUGCUGUCUUAGCCCCUCCCCUCUGUCGAUUCAGCUGAUAUGAUUGGUUGUUGUUGAUGCUCACUCAGUGAUUGACAGCUAAUACAAACAAACAGUCGAGUUUGUUUACGUCUAUGUUUGUAAACAUGUUUGUUGACAAACAAAUUUGUCAUUUUUGUCUCUGAUUGGACAAACGGCACGAAAUCCUGGUCAAACUUUGAAAAAGAAACUUUUUUAAAUAGAGGUUUCCUGUUCAUCCGUCUGUGGAGAGUCUAAGUUUCACUGCAAAUAAUCAAGAGUCUCAGUUUUGCUGUUAACAGUCGAGAGUCUCAGUUUCGCUGAAAAUAGUCAAGAGUCUUAGUUUUGCUGUAAAAGGUCAAAAGUCUUAAUUUUGCUAUAAGUAGUUGAUGGUCUCAGUUUCACUGAAAAUAGUUAAGAGUCUCAGUUUUGCUGUAAAUACUUACUAGUCAUAGGUUAGAGUCACAGUUUUGCUGUAAAUAGUCAAGAGUCUUUGUUUUGCUGAAAAUAGUUGAGAGUCUCAGUUUAGAGUCUUAGUUUCGUUUCAAAUAGUCAAGAGUCUCAGUUUUGCUGUAAAUAGUCAAACAUCUUAGUUUCGCUGUAAGUAGUUGAUAGUCUCAGUUUUGCUGAAAAUAGUCGAGAGUCUCAGUUUCGCUGUAAAUAGCUGAGUCUCAGUUUUUCUGUAAAUAGUUGUUAGUCUCAGUUUUUCUGUAAAUAGUUGUUAGUCUCAGUUUUUCUGUAAAUAGUCGAGAGUCUCAGUUUUGCUGUUAAUAGUUGAGAGUCUCAGUUUAGAGUCUUAGUUUCGUUUCAAAUAGUCAAGAGUCUCAGUUUUGUUGUAAAUAGUCAAACAUCUCAGUUUCGCUGUAAGUAGUUGAUAGUCUCAGUUUUGCUGUUAAUAGUUAAGAGUCUCAGUUAAGAGUCUCAGUUUUUCUGUUAAUAGUUGAGAGUCUCAGUUUUGCUGUUAACAGUCAAACAUCUCAGUUUCGCUGUAAGUUUUCGAGAGUCUCAGUUUUGCUGUAAAUAGUCGAUAGUCUCAGUUUUGCUGUUAACAGUCGAAAGUCUCAGUUUUGCUGUUAACAGUCGAAAGUCUCAGUAUGUUGUCAAUAGUCUCUCUUCACGCUGGUUUCCUGUUUCUUGCUCAGAUCAGUGUCUCAGCGUUCAUGCUUGGUUGUUAGCUGACCUUCAUGUUUGUACAGAAACAGAAAUCCUUCUCAGACCAUCACCAACCAUGGGAGCUGGAGGUCAUGAUGGAGGACUGUGUUCCUCCAUCAUGACCUACUGAAACCUGAUUGGUUAAUAUCACUCAGACUACAAACAGAACCAGAACAAUCUGGACCCCUGAGCGCAGAGUCUACAGUCAUAUUCAGAGUCAAUUACUAUGUGUGGAGUUUGUUUUCAACAAAAUGAUCCGUUUGUUUCUCUUUCUCUCAGGGUGGAUGGUGAUUGGUUGCUGGCCGAGGCUCCGACUGACAUCAUCAUCAUCAUCUUCAUCAUCUUCAUCACCCUCAUUAUCUUUGGCAUCACUUACAGAAACAUUCAGAUCCGGUUCAGGUCUAAAAUGUUCAGGUACACAGCUCCGUGGCAGGUUCUGUGUCAGAGUCUGGACCACAACGGCAGGGUGAGACAAACAAACACAAAGAAGCACACAUAUAAACAAACAGACAAACAAACAAAAACAAAAACAAACACAAACAGACAAACAAACAAACACGAACAAAUGAACAAACAAACAAAUAGACAAAACAAACAGACAAAUAAACAAAAACAAAGACAAAGACAAACAGACAAACAAACAAACAAACAAACAGACAAAAACAAACAAACAAACAAACAAACAGCGAAAGAGAUCGACAAAAAGACACGCAGACUAGCAGUGACCAAAAAAACAUUUACAAGAAUCUCACAAAACAAACAACAAAUGAAACUAUUGGAAACUAUAAACAAACUAUAAAUGAGCAGACACUAACCCCAGACUUCUCACUGAUGUGUCCACACUCAUCUUCAGUGUGUGAUUGUGACCAGCAGGGGGCAGCAGCAGUUCAUUGUCAGAGUCCACAGAAAGCAGGGACAAAGUAUAAACAGUAAACAUCAAAUAAUCUUAGUUUAACGAGCAAUUUACAUGUUUUAUUAAAUUAAGAAUAAGAUUAACAUGUAAACAUGUAUUUUCUCAGUAUGAUAAACCUUUAUUUGUACAUGCAGUUUUAAUUUAGUAAUUAAUAAAAAAAUGUCAUUAAUAUUUAAAAAUAAGAAGAGAAAUUAUUUUAAUCAAAUUUAAUAAAAACAAAAAAGUUGAUUCAAACUAUUAAAAUAUAAUACAAAAAAAAUAUCAAAUGUUAUCUACUUUCAACAAAAAAAGUUAAGGAGCCAUAAAAACUUUAUAACAGACAGUCAAACUGUAAAGUGAGGACCAAAACGUGUCAGUGACGCGUGAUCACAUGACCACGGUCCGGACGCUAACUGUUUCUGCUGAAGGUCACAGGUCAACGCCCCCUCAGACUUUACACACCCUCAGGAGACGGUUGUUAAGAGCACAGCACUUUCUGUUCGUGUGUGUGUGUGUGUGUGUGUGUGUGCGUGCGUGCGUGUGUGUGUGUGUCAGAGGGCGGAGCCUAUGACUGUGAGCCUGGAUGAGCUGAAUUUGUCUUGUCAGUUAGUCUGAAGUUUGAGCCGAGGCUGAGCUGAGGUAAGAUCCCCACUCUCUGAUCAGACUCUGAUUAUGAAAUAUGAGUGUUAAUUAUAAAAUAGAUUGAAAAAGAUUUAUAAAAAAACUUUAUUUAUUAUGUAAUCUUUAUUUUUUAAAUCAUGUUUAAUAAUAAACUGAGACACAGACUACAGAGACAGACCUCAGAGUGAAUCUGAGUUUCUUUUGUCUAUGAAUAUUUUAAAUAAACUUAGUUUUCAGCUUAUUUGAUGUGUUAAUUAUUAAAAUUGUUUCUUACUUAAAUUCUGAUUUAUGGAAAUGAUUAUAAAGUCAGUGGUGUGUUUUAUUGAUCAGUUAACAGUCAGGUCAAACUUUCUUAAACUCUGAAAAAUUCAACAAACAUGAACCCGUCUGAAAAAAUGGAUUUGUUGAAUUUUAAUGACUUUAAUCAGAAAGUGUGUGUCUGAGCUGCUGAGAGCGCCCCCUGUAGGCUGCACUUCAUGUAACAGAAUUCAUUCACAUUUACAGCUCAUCCUGAUGGUGGCGCUACAACCGAAACCACACUGACAUAAACUGUGUGUGUGUGUGAGUGUGUGUGUGUGUGUACGUGUGUGUGUGUGAUAAAGCUGCCCUGCCCAUUAACGCUCUCUGCUGUCAGCUGAUAACACUGCUGACAGCAGAGUCUAUCACACACACACACACACACACACACACUCAAACUGUCUAAAAAAUCUAAACAUCUAAACAACAAAAAUUAUUAUAAUUCAUAAUUACAACUCGCAUAUAGUUAUAAUAAUGUUAAAUGUUGUUAAUUGUUGAUCAAUUUGAACCUGAUUGAUUCAUAAGGGUUAGGUUAGUAUGUUCGUCUAAUUUGGGGUGGGUAACAGGUGAGUUAUGUCCGUUUAUGAGGGACACACCUGUAUUACAUAAGGUUGCCAUGGUAAUGUUGUUGCCAUGGUUGUGACGAUGUCAUUUAAUCAUUUGACGAUGACUUAAUGACGGUUAUCAGCUUCAUUGUAAACCUGCAACAAUCUUUAAAUGACCACAGUCUUACUUUGAUCGCCGUACAUUCUGUGUAAAUUUAGAGAUAUAUUUAUAUUUAUAUAACACAGAUUUUAAGUAAAAGGACUAAAUAACUUCUCAGUUUCAACAUCUGAAAUGCUCAAUGCACUAUUUUCUCUUAAAGGGAUAUUCAGGUGUAAAAUUAAUUUAGGGUGAAACACACCGUAACACCGAGUUAGACCCCCCCUCUAGAGAUGAAUGUUGUCGACCGCUUUCUUCUCUAGUUAUACCAACUUUAGUAACGACCGCAGGAUAGAAAUACAGAGAGCCACGCCCUCAACCAAAACGCCACUCUAUAGCCACAAAUAAGUCCAUUACGGACUACAGCGGGGUGCCGCAGCUCAAGGAAGAACAUUUAUGAUCAUUUCUUCAUCAUUUCCUUGAAGUAAUAAUCACCAUAUUAAUCAUUUUACAGACGCGGUAGUUCUUCUGUCUUAGCGUCUCGGUCUGAUUGUAUUUCCAUGAAGAAAUGAUCAUAAAUGUUCUUCCUUGAGCUGCGUCACCCCGCUGUAGUCCGUAAUGGACUGGCCUGAGGUCUCUCUACAAACAAGCGUCUGCUGGAAGAGAGUAGGUGAGUUGUGUUUAGUCUCUUUGCUAAAGAAAUGAGUCAAAGUUAAAAAGAUGUUUGGUGUCUAGUACUAUGGCUGUGACCCUAUAUGUACUAACCUGAGUAGAUCAUGGUGUAGUUCCGCUCAGUAACAGAACCUUAUUGGAAAAUUAGCUGAUUUAACUUUACUGUGCUCUUGUUCAAAUAUAUUAACUCGACAGCACAUAAAUCCAUACCUGUUAACAAAAUCAUGAUUUUAUUGAUAAUUCAGCUCAACGAAAACACCUUUACCUUUUCAUUUUACUACAGUAGAAGUUUCUUGGCCUAGCUUAUAGACUACAGAAGCGGAGAAACAACCCUGCUUAAGUUUAUGUUUUCUUAGAGUUCGAACUCUUAAUAUAGUACUGUGGCUGUGACCCUAUAUGUCCUGUUGAUGAAGUUAGGUGCUGUUCUGAGCAUUAUUUGUGGCUAUAGAGUGGCGAUUUGGUUGGGGGCGUGUGUCUCUCUGUAUUUCUAUCCUGCGGUCGUUACUAAAGUUGGUAUAACUAGAGAAGCAAGCGGUCGACAACAUUCAUCUCUAGAGGGGGGGUCUAACUCGGUGUUACGGUGGGUUUGACCCUAAAUUAAUUUUACACCGGAAUAUCCCUUUAAGAAUGAUCUAUAAUUGUUUCACAAACCAUCAAAUUAUUUUUUACGAUUGUCCUGACUGUUUUGUAAUCUGGAUUGUACGAAUACGUUGAAGUAUUUGCUUUAUUAACAGUGAAUCCUCUCAUUUAAAUGAACUCUCCCGGUUGUUUCAGAGACUUUCAUCAGGUGACAUUUCAGCAUCUCAGAGCUUCCACACAUCAAGCCCUCUUCGGCGACUUCCUUCAGAAACUCUGCCCCCUGCUGGCUCUGCAGCGCCUCCAGCAGAUAUGGACAGUAUCCCGAGGAGGUGGGUGCUGAAGCCCCUGUCCCCAGUGCUUCAACCAUCAGACCUGCGCACCAUCACCAGCCCCACCAGGACCCUCAUCCCUGACCUGGACAGCCCUGUCUUCAGCCCUGACAACAUCUCCUUCACUCGCACGGUGGUUGUCUCCUCACAAGGGGUCCAGUCUGGGGAUGUGGGGGUUCUGGCACGACAGGUGGAGGUGUCGCGGGAUAGAGGCAGCAGCAGCAGCAGCAGUGAUGACUGGCAUCCCAGCAGUCCUAGCAGCAGCUCAGGCUCUCAGAGCGGGUUCUACUCCUUUGUAGAGGAUCCAACGAGUCCAGAGGCAGAGCUGAAUGAAGCCUGGAUGAUCUCUCCUCGGCGGCAGACUCAGCUGACAAUCUUGAAGGAGGAGAAGGGAUUCAAACUACAGACCUACAGCAGCAACAGGAAGCCAGAGAACCUGUUCUCAGAUGGAAACGACUUGCGGUACAAAGUGGAUCCAGCCAAUGGUCUGGUGGUGGUCCAAGAGGCAGAGGAGAAGAAGCUUCGGCAGCAGAUCAUCCGCGGUCAAGCCCCGAAGAUGAGUCCAGCAUACAAAGACUCGAGUGUUGAUCUGGACAGAUCCACAGACAGACUGGUUGAGGGGUUCAGUUUGAACUACAGUCCUGUCAGAUCCAGGCCAGAACCUCCUCCUGUAGAACCCGGGACCAUUGACAACGAGCAAAUUAACUUUAGCGCCGCUCGACAGCAGUUCCUGAAGAUUGAGCAGGACCGAAUGGCAGCCCUCCUUAAUCCUCUGAAGUCCUCAAAAACUCAGCUGAACCGGUCUCUGCAGCUGGACCCCGAAGUGUCUUCAUCCCAGCAGGUGUUGGUCUCUGAGAGUGUCCAGGUGACUGAAGACACACCAAGGUUCAGAUUGAUAGAAGAAGAGAUCUUUCCCCAGAGGAGGGUGAUGGUGAGCCGGACUGAAGACAGUCUGAGCCGGCAGAGCAGCGUUUUUGAUGACCUGGACUCAGGCCUGGAGGAGCAGUCCUUGGAGGUGGGAGGGGGCUACACCAGUGAUGAAGGCCUGUUCGAUGAGAAGUCCACAAGAGGUGAUGAGACCCCGAUAGAGAGGGAGAUACGGUUGGUUCAGGAACGUGAGGAGAACCUCAGACGCUCUAGGGGGAUGAAGCUCAGUGAUGGCAGGAUGGAGAUGGUCCAGAUCAGAACCAAACGUUUAUCUUCACUGCAAUCACCUGUCAAGGCCAGAGAGAAGAACCGGGUCAGCUUUGUCGUCCAGAGGGAGAUCCAGAAGGACAGCCGGAAGAAGGAAGAACCUGAGCAGGGAGGGUUCCCGGGUAGAUACAGUCUGAGUUCUCCACAGGAACUAGGGUACACCAAGAAGGUUUUUGACCAAGAAGACGAGGUGGAGGGGCGAAAACUGAGACCUAAGUCUGAAGAGUUUCCAUCUCCCUGCUGUCCUCAUCGACACCCUGAAGGAACCGAGGCUUACAUCAGCCAAAUGAGUUCAUCCCAACUCUUCUCUCUGAAGGACUCAGUAGUCCAGGACUCUAGAAGAUUCUAUCGGGAACGAACAACAUCUACAACGUCGUCCUCCUCCCACUCCUCCUCCUCUCACUCCUCUCCACUGAUACAAAGGCAUGACAAGACCCCAACCACCCCUCAGUCCUGGAGGGAGAGCCUGGAGUCCACCGGCCUGCGGUCCAGAGGACUGAAAGCUCCAGACUUUAUAGAGAAAGAGAUCGAGGAGGCCCUGAGGAGAGAGCAGGAGCUGAAGGAGCUGAGGGAGUCCAGGGAAGAGCCAGAUCAGCAGAUUCGUUUUCAAAGUCCUGUGGUGGAACAGGCAGCCAAAAUCACUGUCACUCAUUCCUACCCACCUCUAAAAACAGGUACGUACUCCUCACCAAGGCUGGAUCACCAAACAAGUAAAUGAGCAACUUGAUCCCAGGCCCAAAAACUCCAGAAUCCCCCAAACCAGAUCACGGUGAACCCCUAAACCCCCUAACCCCCAAUUUUAUUCGCCUCACAAACAGAUCUGUAAGUAAUUGCCGUACAGUGAAAAUCGCCGCCAUUCUGGAUGCGGUGGAAAUCCUUGGUUAAGCAUGUUAACUGUGUUGGUCUGGUCUUUGUUCAGUUGAAGCUUUGAGGUAAUGAAAUAUUUAUUGUAAGGUGGACAGAAAUUCCACGUUUGUUCAAACUGAGGAGCAGAAUCCUGAGGACAGACAGGACUUUAUGUUUAAUCGACAGAAACAUGAAUGGGGUUUGGUGCUGCUGUGCUGAGAGUCUCAGAUAAACUGGAGAAUCAGUAACUUAACGAGAGGACGAGCAAAGUCCAGCCGCAGUUUGUGUCAAUCAGUAACGGAGACGUCAGAGUCCAUCACACACCUCAAACAGCUCCAUAUAGGUCAGAGGUCGGCGUGUGCCGUCGGUCUUUGUGUCAUUAAUGAUGUCACUCUUGUUCUUCCUGUCGUGUUUCAGAGAAAUCUGUCCCUCUGUCCUCUUUGUCCCCUCGUCCUUUCACCCGGCUGCCCUCCAUCACCGCCCAGCCCUGGACCUACACGCCUCCCCCCUCCUCCACCCUCUCAACCUCUGAGGUCCGGCAGACCCCGCCCCCUGUCAGGGGUCUGACAGAGACUCUCCUUCAGGACUUUGAGGAGAGACGAGUCCAGCUGAGACUGGAGGAGAGCGCAGUAAGUCACCCAUAUAGAUACGCUUUUAUUUUGGAGGUUUUUCAAUACAUCCUGUCACUUACCUUGAAGUACAUAAGAGAACCUGGCAGUGAAUAUGGCAUCCCCCCUCCAAAAUAAAAGCAUGGAUGUAGAAUGUGAACACAAUGAUCGUAUGUUUUAAAAUCUGAAUCUGAAUUUUUUUUUUUUUCAGUACGCGGGGAUACAACCGGUGGACGACAUCAACAACGAGGUACGACUUACUUAAAUUACUCCUUUAAGUGACCUUUGAUUGGACAGCUGUCCAUAUAUUUGACCAGGACGCAAAUUUUUUCGUAGGAUGAGAGGGGGAAGGUCCUGCCCUCCUUCGCCUCUGAUUGGCUAGAAGUGCUGGGCUCCGAUUGGUUAUUCCUUAUGGCUGUGAAAUGCGAUAAUGUUCUAUAAUGCUCUGUUCGGCUCGGCUUGAACGUAAGAUGACGUUUCCAGCUUUUCUGGCCAAUCAGAGGCGAAGGAGGCGGGACCUUCCCCUACCAUCCAACAAAAAAAAACAUUGGAAGCUAGCUGGCUAGCUAACCUGGAAGCUAACCAGCUACUAAACAAGGCAGACAAACAACUUAAAAUUUUAUUUGUGAUGUUUCUUUAAAAUUCCCCUAAAAACCUGAAUAUUUAUCCUUCUGUCUCUCUGUCUGUGUCUUUCUCUUUAUCGUCCUUUCUCUCAUUGUCCCUGUCUCUUUGUCUACCCAUCUUUUGUCCCUCUGUUUCAUCCAUCUGUCUCUCUCUUUUUUUGUCUUUCCGUCUACUUCUCCCUGUUUCUUAUUCUCUUUUUUUUUGUCUUUCCGUUGCUCUGUCUCUCUGUCUUUGUCCUGCCAUCCCUUUGUCUCUCUUGUUUUGUCUCUUUCUCUUUGUUCUUCUGUCCAUCAUCCCUAAAUCUGUCUCUUUCUGUCUGCUUGUCUCCUCGUUUCUUUGUCUCUCUGUCUUCAUCUCUUUGUGUCUUCCUCUGUCUCUUUGUGUCCAGGUUGUUGAGUCCACUCGAGUUAUCCGACAUAAAAACCAAAGAGCUCUUCUUUGGGAGGCGGGAAUGUUUGCCAACCAAGAGGACCAGUGAGACUGACAAAACCUGAUUAAGAUCCAGAUCCAGACCUGUGAACAAAUCCUGAUCCUGAUCCUGAUCCAGAUUAGGGUCCUGCUGACUUGUUGGAUCCCUUUCUGAUUUGUCUCUGAUUUUCUGCGUCAUCUCAGAUUUGAAGGUUUCAAACUAGAACACUCCGACAUCUAGGCAGCUCCUGAUUGGUCCUUUGUCCUUGUCCAAUCAGAGAGCAGCUUUGUAGAUCUGAUUCCUGUAGAGCGACUUAGAAGAGGAAAAGACUGUUUGAGCUGCAGACUGAAGAAGAAGAAGAAGCUUUCUGAAUCAGCGUUGAUCUUUUCAUGAUUUUAACUGAAGCUUCAAAAAUCACAUUAAGGAACAAUAAAGAUUAUUUUUCAAACUGACACCCUGCUGUGUGCCGGAUUUCAAAAUAAAACACCGUUUUUAUAACCAUAAACAGACACUGACCUGAGAGUUUGAAACGGUAAAUAUAAAACUUAAAGGGAUAUUCCGGCGUAAAAUUAAUUAACACCGAGUUAGACCCCCCCUCCAGAGAUGAAUGUUGUCGACCACUUGCUUCUCUAGUUAUACCAACUUUAGUAACGACCGCAGGAUAGUAAUACAGAGAGACACGCCCCCAACCAAAACGCCACUCUAUAGACACAAAUAAUGCUCAGAACAGCACCUAACUUCAUCAACAGGACAUAUAGGGUCACAGACAAAGUACUUGACACUACAGCGGGGUGCCGCAGCUCAAGGAAGAACAUUUAUGAUCAUUUCUUCAUGGAAAUACAAUCAGACUGAGACGCUGAGACAGAAGAACUACCGCGUCUGUAAAAUGAUCAAUAUGGUGAUUAUUACUUCAAGGAAAUUAUAAAGAAAUGAUCAUAAAUGUUCUUCCUUGAGCUGCGGCACCCCGCUGUAGUCCUUGAUGCAGUGGUUCCCAAACUUUUUCUACCAGGCCUCCCUUUGGCAGAUAAAAAUGGUUUCAGGCCCC